AUGGAGAUGGAGAUGGAGAUGGAGAAGGAGAAGGAGAUGGAGAAGGAGAAGGUGAAGGUGAAUGAGAAGGGGAAGAAGGGGAUUCGCAAAGCUCUGCAAACGCACCUCUCGAAGCUGAAGAGGAUGCCGUCGAAUCUAGUUAGAUUCUCGAACUCCGGCCACCCUGCCGCUUCCGCCGUGCAUCGCCUUUUGUCGGCGUCCAAGUACCCGAGCACUCCUUCCAUGGGCGCCGGCCGGCGCCCCGGCGCCACUCUCUCCGACAUCGACCGGUUCCUCCGCAACAACUUUCGCUCGCUCUACGUCCACGAUGACGAGGCGCCGCCUGGCUCCGCUCCGUGGAGCGACGCAACCGCGCCAUCAUCGUCGUCUUCGUCGGAUGAAAAGAGCGAGGGCGUGACGGUGACGACGGUUUCGGUGGACCCCUAUCACGAUUUCCGGCGGUCGAUGGAGGAGAUGAUGGAGGCGCGGCACGCGGAUGCUGCGGACCUGGACUGGGAUUUCAUGGAGGAGCUCCUCCUCUGCUACCUGGACCUCAACCAUGAGCGCGUCCACAAGCACAUCCUCAGGGCCUUUGCUGACCUCGCAAUCAUCUUCGGCCGCUCUCGCCGGUGGAGAUCGGCGGUGACGGAUGGGAAAGAGCAAGCAAGGACGUCGUCGCCGCGUGGGAAGAUCUGCAAGUAA